CAAAAACAAAAAGUUUGAACUUUUCCGCCAAAACUUUCUGCAGCCGGAACACAACACAAAGAGAGUUUGAGUUUUUAUAUAAAUCAGAACAUUAUUUAAAGUGAUCGAGAUGAAGUGCUCCUUUUUCAGCACCCCUGAUUGUCUUCAGACCAUUGAUGAGGAUAUAAGGGAAUUUAAGAAAAAAUUUGGUAAUUUUACUACUCACAAGGCAGAAACAUUGCUACUAGAAAUAAUUGAAACACUGGAUUUUUUCUCUUCAGAUGAUAAUAGUAAAAUUGGAACUUUACUGAAGUUAAAGGAGACGGUUGAGGCUCUGGAAAAUGAAAUCAAGGAAGAGUACUCAGGUGAUGGCUCUCUAGAAAAUUUUGUAGCAAUGGAGAAGGAGAUUAAAUACAUGGCCAAAACUUGCUCAGAUCUUCAGCGGGAACGGAAGGAGCUCCAAGAAGAUAUUGAGAAAUUAAAUUCUUUAUGGACCCAAAAAAAUGUUGAAAUGGACGAAACACGAGACAAGGUGAUGGACAAGUUCAACCUAUUAGAACAAAUUACCAAACUAUAUGAGAAGCACCUUGGUGUUUUUUUGUGUCCUGUAGGUGAUAGCUCUUUCCGAUUGAUGUUUAAUAAUGAUCUAAAACAACCUAUGUUCAUCAAUUUGAAGUAUGAAAAUGGUUUGAUCAAAGUCGUAAAUGUUAAUACGAGCACCCAGGACAAAGAAGCCAUUGUGAAAAAAGUUAAAUCCUCUACAGAUUAUCAAGGCCUUUUAUCUGUGAUGGAUUCUUACAGGAAGUAAGAAUUUGGUCAGGUAAGAUAAUGUGAAGAUAGUGCUUUUUAUUGAUUUACUCAGGGUUUCAAAAAGGGCAGUGCACUGAAUAUCCAGAAAUUUGGCGCCUGCUUUGUUUUGGUAUUAUUUGAUACGAUGUUCGUUACGGCCUUCUAAAUAUGUUGAGCUUUUAAAAUCUGACUUUUGUCAAGGUCGAGAAAAGCAGGGCAGAGAACUGAAUUUAUUGGCUUUCCUACAUGUGUUUUCUAACGAAAUUGUGGAGCUUUUGCCAAGUGAGAAAAAAAAUUAAAUUCAAUGGAAUAGAAGUUCAACCGGUCAAUUUAUUUCUACUUAAAAAAAAGGGCACAGCUUGAUCUUAUCAAGUCCUAUUAGCCGGACUAAAUUGCAUCAUUUUACUCACUGCCAGUAUGUGCUUCUAUUUGUAAUUUAUAUUUCAUAAUUCUUUUAAUUUUAAUUUUGCACUCUUUGAUGUAUGAUUGAAGAUAUUUUAAUUUUGCCUUUUGAGUGCUUAAAACUAUAUUUUUUACUCUAAAUCCAAUUUCGGGGUGUAAAAAUAAUAUUUUGCUGGUUAAAUUAAAUUAAUUAUGUAGUUGCAUGCGCAUUGUAUGAUCUGUUGUACCUGAGCUUUUUGAAAAAAUUAAGAAGCUAACUUUGUUGCGAUUGUAAGCAAUUGUGAAUAUCAUAGGAGAUUAUUAAUCUUUUAAACUCAUGUUCAGACUUUUUUUAAUCAGUUGUCAACUGCAUAUCUGCUCUGUUUUCCACUCAAUAAAUUAUUAAUUUUUUUAAAAUA